AUGGCCACCGAAGAAUUCAAUGCCGGUAUUCUAGAGGCGGGACUAAUUUCACUUCCUAUGCAAGGCGAAUGGUUCACGUGGCAUAAUUGCAGUACAUCCGUGAGGAGUUUAUGGAAGCGGUUGGAUCGGAUUCUUAUUAAUGAUCGUUGGCUGGCAAGGUUUCCUAACUCAUUCUAUCACAGCCUUACUCCACGGACAUCUGACCACUCGCCACUGUUUCUACAUGGGGAUACACACCAACAUAAUGGAGGUAUGUUUCGAUUUGAUAACUAUCUUGCCCUUUCAACCGAGUUUAUCCCCACUGUGCAGAACAUUUGGUACCAUGAUGUUGUGGGUGUGCCUAUGUACACCGUGACUGGUAAACUGAAGGCUCUAAAACCGGUAUUUAGACUACAGAGGAGGAAUAAGGGGGAUUUGACGCUGAAUGUCCAAUUAGCCAAAGGUUUUCUUGAUGAGGCACAACAUUUGGUGAGCUUCGACAGACAGAAUGAGCUCUACUUACUGUUGGAACAUUGCUGUCAAAUCGUUUAUGCGAAAGUGGCAAAACUCGAACAAAUUAUGUUGCAGCAGAGAGCUAAAAUGUAG